GGAAAUUUUGAUCUUUUCUGUUGAGGUGUGUUGUUUUUCUGCUAGUUUAGCUUAAAAAUGAAUUAAUCGGUGGUGAAAAGUGUUGCACAAUCUAUUGUAGACUGUUCUUUAAAAGUCUCUCUUUCAAAUUGAGCGUUUUAAACCGGGCGAAUAACUAUCAUCGUUGCUGUGAAAAUAAAGCUGGUAGCUGGACCGUGCCGAAAGGGUCCUUCCGAUCGAAUCGGAAGGUGUAGCAGCGAAAAAUGAUCGGCGGACUGUUCGUGUAUAAUCAUAAGGGAGAAGUGCUGAUAUCCCGCGUCUAUCGGGAUGACAUUGGCCGAAAUGCGGUUGAUGCCUUUCGGGUGAACGUAAUUCAUGCCCGGCAGCAGGUUCGCUCGCCGGUUACUAACAUCGCCCGAACGAGCUUCUUUCACAUAAAGCGAGCAAACAUUUGGUUGGCGGCGGUAACAAAACAAAACGUUAAUGCUGCCAUGGUGUUCGAGUUUCUGUUGAAGAUUAUUGAUGUGAUGCAAUCUUACUUCGGUAAAAUAUCGGAGGAAAACAUCAAAAACAACUUUGUGCUCAUCUACGAAUUGUUGGAUGAAAUUCUGGACUUCGGUUAUCCGCAAAACUCCGAUACCGGUGUCCUGAAGACAUUCAUUACUCAGCAGGGUGUUAAGACUGCGACGAAGGAAGAGCAAGCGCAGAUCACUUCUCAGGUGACUGGUCAGAUCGGCUGGCGUCGCGAAGGGAUCAAAUAUCGUCGCAACGAGCUGUUCCUUGAUGUGCUUGAAUAUGUUAACUUGCUAAUGAGUCCGCAGGGGCAGGUGUUGUCCGCUCACGUAGCCGGCAAGGUGGUCAUGAAGUCAUACCUUUCUGGUAUGCCAGAGUGUAAGUUCGGAAUCAACGACAAAAUAGUAAUGGAGGCCAAAGGUCGCAGUGGCAUUUCCGGCAAUGCGGAUAACGAGGCUUCGCGCUCGGGCAAACCGGUCGUGGUGAUCGAUGACUGCCAGUUUCAUCAAUGCGUUAAAUUAAGUAAAUUUGAAACGGAACACUCGAUUAGUUUUAUCCCUCCAGACGGUGAGUUCGAGCUGAUGCGCUAUCGUACGACCAAGGAUAUUUCGUUGCCAUUCCGAGUGAUCCCUCUGGUGCGGGAAGUUGGACGUACGAAAAUGGAGGUGAAAGUGGUUCUCAAGUCGAACUUCAAACCUUCGUUGCUCGGGCAGAAGAUAGAGGUAAAGAUUCCGACACCGCUCAACACGUCCGGAGUGCAGUUGAUCUGUCUGAAGGGCAAGGCAAAAUAUAAGGCAUCGGAGAAUGCGAUCGUGUGGAAAAUUAAACGAAUGGCCGGUAUGAAGGAAACGCAACUGUCUGCUGAGAUCGAGCUGCUGGAAACGGAUACGAAGAAGAAGUGGACACGACCUCCGAUUUCGAUGAACUUUGAGGUUCCGUUCGCGCCGUCCGGCUUUAAGGUGCGCUAUUUGAAAGUUUUCGAGCCUAAGCUGAACUAUUCCGACCAUGACGUCAUUAAAUGGGUUCGAUACAUCGGACGCAGCGGAUUAUACGAAACACGGUGCUAAGAACCGCAUCGAGACCUUCACCUGCUUCACCAACUGACUCGAUAUUCGUGGUAUUCUAGUAACAUUGAUAGGAACGAAUUGAGAAUGAUAAGACAACUACUAUUACAUUGUUCAAUAAUAAUAAUCUAUUAUAUAACAUGGUCUGAGUUAAAGAAAAUUCUCAUCAGAAAUCGAAUUUCGCAAAAAAAUGUCAUUCGAAGAAUCACAAAAGUAAACCAACAGAAACAUUUGCAUUAAUUGUGAAACAGUUUAUUGUGAAAUAUGUAUGCAUAUAAACGUAAAAAUAUUGAACCCAUAGUUAUCUAAUACCUUAAUAAAACGAAAAACUCCUUAUUCCUAUUUUGGGAUUGUGCUACAAAAGUUUUGCAAAAAUAUUAAUACCUACAUUUAGCUCCACCCAAAAGAAAAACAAAAGCCGAUUUAGAUAAUGUAGAUCGUUAGCAAUUAUUGUAUGAAUGAUGCUAGGCUAUUCUAGAAAAGUAUCGUGAAUACUAAUUGACUGUCCUGUAUAUGGAAAAUGCAUGCUUUCCAAGUUCAUUGUUUUACAGCUUGUUGUUGUUUUGGCAAAUAGUUGAGAAUCUCAAAUAUGCAAGAAUUUAAUUUUUCAGAUUUGAUUCUAAUAUGUCUAAAUCUGUAUAUAUAUAUAUGAAGAAUUUAUCCAUUCAGGUAUUUUGCGUUUGUUUCAAACUGUAGCCAUUCCAGAGUUAUGUUGCUUUUUUAUUCGCUAAAACCGUUUGUUCCUAACCAGCAAAUUAGGGAAAUUAAAUAAGAAUGAACAAAUGGCGAAUCGACGACAAAUGUAGAGCAAAUCGAUCCGCUUGUACAAAGAACAAAGAGCAACGUGCAUAAGCGCAAAUAACCGUAUCGCUGUAAACGUAGGCCAUAUUGUACUCUUGCGUUAUCCUCUAUUAAUAUAAUGCGCUGAUGAUAAUUGUAUGUCAAAACUUCACAUGAUUCAUGUGCACAUUACGACGCUACUAAGUUUCACACCAGGCGAAACAAUCGAAGCAACUAAUAAUAAACUGUAAAAGAAAAUCACAGUCACCACAAUCAUUCGAAACAAACUGUAAAGACAGCAAAAAAAUUAACGAACAAAAUGCGAGGACAACGGAACGAUGACCGCACCCCCAUAAUAUCAAUAUUUAUGCAGAGUAGGCUGAUUUAUCACAUUACGCAUAAGCAUUACUAAAAUCACGUAGGGAACGGUGCAACACUACGCCAAAUGCGAACGUUUUUCUAAUGUAAGGCAAGGGCGUUGAAAUAAGCGUUUUUCUUUCAAAGCGAUGAACAUGUUUGGUUUUUAAGAUCAUUCUGCUGGCAAACUCGACAAAAUUAAUCAAUAAAAGAAUGAAAGUCUUUUUUCGAUCCCGAAGCAACUUCACUGCAACCACGAGAUGUCGGUUCUACAUCCUUAUAUAUGAUGAUGCUAUGAAAUAAUUAUGCUAUGUAUCUAAUAAAUUAUCAAACAAAAAAUUUGACAUACGGUGGAAUAAAUUGAUGAAAAUAGUU